UGAACUACCAGGUGCUAUUACUACCUAGUUACCUAGGUACCUUCGGCUACGAAUAUUACAGCUUGAUGGAAGGUAGGUCAUAUGGCUGCAGCAUAGAACAAUGCCGCACGCCUGCUCGCCUCCUACCCGACACACAAGGGCCGGGGCCACCACGGCCAUACGAUGCGCCCCCUUCCAGGCGGCCAGGAAGGGAGGUCAGGUCACAAUGAUGUAGGUAGGUCUUCAAUCACUAUCGACAGCGUGCAGUGGCUCGAAGCGAUCGCUGUAAGGCCCAACCUGAACGCCAGGAAUGUCGACGUGUACGCCGUCCUUCCCCCCUCCUCAGCGUUCCAACCCUGGCUUCGCCAACCGAGGGUGGCUGGCUGUUCUAUCUCGCAAGUGGGACCAUGAUGGAAGUUCUCAAGUGCAAUGCGAAGAAAAAGAGAAGUCUACAUCCUACACACAGCAGCUGCUCUCCCCGUCACCUUCAAGUUGUGGACGCAUUGCACGACAUAACUCGACAUUAUGCGUACCGAGCAGCUUUUUGGGGAACUGGUGCCUGUGGUGCUAGUAUGGGGUUGGACUUUCAUCAUUAUGUCCUGUGGCUUCUUUGCCUAUGUACACGCGCACGACUCGCCUUUCCACCAAGAAUUUGAUGCAUGCGUUUCUGCGACUUUGGAAGAGUGGCGGAUCCCUGGACUUUCGGUUGCGGUAGUGGACAAGGACGGUAUAAUUCAUAGCAAGGCUUAUGGAUACUCUCAUCUAUAUCCCCCGGUCGCUGCCGACACUUCGACGUUAUAUUAUCUGGGAAGCUUGACAAAAUCCCUGACAGCUGCACUGACAGCGAUUGUCAUCGACGAAACACCCUCAAUCAGCUGGGACACUGCUAUGAGUAAGCUGCUCCCUGAUAUCUUCACCACCGAGGAUGACCAGAUUACUCCUCUCAUCACCAUUGAGUCUCUGUUGUCGCAUAGCUCAGGUCUACCGAGCCACGAGUCGUACUAUCUGGACCGAGAAAUUACCCCUUUCCUGCCACACCACCUUGUCCAAGAAGUUUGGCACUGGCCGCUUCACCACCGUCCUGGUCAGGUGUUCCAGUAUUGCAAUGCGGGAUAUGUUGCGGUAACACUGGCUCUUGAGCGACUGACCGGGUCUAGCUACGCGGAGCUCCUGGACUCAAAGCUCUUCAGGCCGUUGGGUAUGAAAAGCAGUCAUGCGUCGUUGCAAGCUGCCGGCUGCGACUUAUCCUCCUGCGUCCGCGGGGCGUCUUCCCAACAUGCUGAGACGGGGCUCCUGGCGCGUGGGUACAGGUGGCUCUUUGGUCAGUUAUUGCCAGUUCGCUGGGUCAAUGAACCUGCAGUGAGCGGGGCGGGUGCAAUAAUCGCGACCGCUUCUGACUAUGCGAGGUUCGUGCGCAGUAUGAUGUUUCGAGCAAACCCAAUCUCUCCAUCAGGCCAUCUGAACCUGACUGCGCCACGAAUCACGGUUUCGGAAAGCGCAUGGGCACCAUGGAACCCGCUUUCAACCGUGAAAUAUGCACUGGGAUGGGUCGUCACACGGUACCGUAACGAGACAGUAUACUCCCAUGUGGGCAGCAUCAACGGUUUUAGUUCCGUCGUCCUCUUCACGUCCGGACAUUCUCCCGUGGCCGUGGUCAUAUUGUCGAAUAACCAGCAAGGCCGGAACGGACUUCGGUGCCUGGCUUUCAGGCUGUUCUUAGAGGUCUCAGGAAUUGCACAGGAAAGUUACGCGACUUAUGAGCCCAAGGAACAUGAAGAAUUCUGCAUUUGAGACUAGACCAGCAGUUCUAUUGUGCGGUUAGCCCUGGCUCACAUGGCUCGGGGUCCUGCUGAUCGGUCUCCGAGGAGGAUGAUCAUGUCCUGGAGGGGGCAUGCUGGCUCGGCCAUUCGACUGGGCCAAUGUCAAAGCACUGUUUGAUGAGUCAGUUGAGGUGCCCUUGAUUCCCUGCCGGAGCUGGUAUAUGUGGCGGUGUAAGUAGCCAAUAUAGCGAGUUGUCAGAUGCCGCUGGCUGGAAUCUGCCGUCAGUUCCGAUACUCUCUCUGUUAUUGUGACAUACCUGAAGGUCAGGUGAGAGCGAUGGCUAGCUAUCUCGGUCGCCAGGCUGGUGGCUUGAGCCUUCUGUGACCACCACCACCUGAAUCCAACCCGGAGUCGAGUGACUGAAAACUGCCUGUUUGUUCGCACCGCCGCACCCACGGAGGCAGCUAGUUCUUGCUGGAACGUCGUUGCCUUCUCAUAUGUCUGGAACCCCUCAUGUAAUCGCCCCUUUACCAUAAGAAUCUCAUGAUCUG